AUGAGUGUGGCUCUGGGCAUUGAUUUUGGGACGACCUAUACAACCGCUGCGUAUUUACAGAGUGGGACUGGAGAACUCAAGCAGAUCUUGUAUGACGGUGGUCUCUUCCCCUCAGCUGUCAAGUUCAACAAGAACGGCAAGCCCACGGCGUGUCCCAACAUGAACAAUGCGCUUCUGAAGGACACAGCCAUAAAUCCAAAGCGUUUAAUCGGAAGAUCAUACCACAACUCCUUUGUUAAAACUCUUCGAGAUGGGUGUGGGCUUCCGCUUUGUGAGAUGGGUCCAUGCUCAGACCAGUACAAGGAUAGCUGUAUCCAUGAGAUAGGCUAUCGGCUGCCCAACUCCAAGACAAUAUCAGCUGUUGAUGUUUGCACAGAGAUUUUUAAAAAGGUGAAGCAAGUUGCGGAGGAAAGUUCUGGAUAUACAUUUACUGAUGUUAUAAUUACCAUUCCCGUGCAGUAUACCUGGGAGCAACGACAAGAGACAUAUCGAGCUGCCCAAAACGCAGGAUUCAAUGUCCGUUGUCUCCAAUACGAGCCCGUGAUGGCCGCGUACGCCUACUGCAAGAGGAAGCACAUUAGCCAAGGCAAGUUUUUAAUCUACGAUUAUGGUGGGGGCACCUUCGAUGCCGCCGUCGUGAGUGUGGAGAACAAUAUCUUUCGAAUCGAAGAUACGUGCGGCGACGCGAAAUCGGGCGGUGACGACAUCACAAACAGCAUCUUGAACGAGCUGCUGCAAGUCCGCCAAAUGAACGGAAUCCAGCCCCCAAACUCCCAACUGACCCCCGAAGAGAGAUUUCGACUAAAAAGAGAAGCCGAAAAGCUGAAGAAGCAAGCGAAAAGCAGCGAAAUUACAAUCGAUUUCCAAUCGCUUUUUGGAAUUCCAAAUCGAUCUGUCAAACUCUCCAUCCUCACAAACGACAUCCGAGACCACGUCCAAGCCACCAUCAACAAGGCUCGUCAUCUCGACGAGCAAUAUCACGUGGAUCACGUGCUGAUGAUUGGCGGGAGCAGCGCGUUUUUUUACUGCCAGCAGAAAAUGAACGCUUGUUUCGGCGAGCGGCUGGUCCAGGGAGUCGAUGUGAGCUACUGCGUGUCACAGGGAGCGGCGAUGUGCACGCAGGACUUGCAGGUAGAGAACGCCGUGCCUCAAAUCCGCAAUCAACUGCAAUGCACUUUAGGGUUUGAGACAAAGAGAGGUUCUUGCUAUUUCUGUAACGAAGGGGAUUUGCUGCCUCGAGAAUAUAAAAGGAAUGUGGUGUUGGACAGAGAUUCGGAUGUGAUAAAUACGGUUAUAGUGGAGAAGCGGAAGGGAGUGGAGUCGCUGGCAGGAACGAUGCUGAAGAUUCGGCUGAAUCGACAGUACCCGAGAAAUACCAAGUUUAUGUUGUGUUUUGCGGUAAAGAAUGAUUUGUUGUUUUAUGUUGCGGUACAGGAUGAGAAUGGAAACAUGGCUGCACCUAUGAAAAAAAUAAUGCUUCACUAGAGUUUUGUUUGUU